AUGUCUGGAACGGCCGUCUCUGUCUCGGCGGAUGAGGAUCCCUCCCAGAACCAAAGCAGCAAGGACAAAGGAAAGGUCCAGCCUAGCGGCCGCAAAUUCGCGGGCAGAAUUAUGACCGCUACUAACAUUCUGUUUGAACAGAAGAAGGAGAAGCAAAAGAAGAAGGCCCCUCCCAUUGGCUCUGCGCGUGACUUCCCCUGCCGCCCCUGCGUUACUCGCGCCACCAAGAGCCCAGGGUAUGGGUACGCCUCCCAGGACAAUACUGGUGCCGCUUGCUGGGCCUGCGCAAAGAAUGGUCAUACCUGUAGGCCUGUCCCUCCUGGUGCAGUCGCUGCUGUGCGUGCCUUUUGGGAGCUGAACCGGCAGAUUGACGAUAUGAACGAGGAUCCUUGCGAUGCCUGGCGAUCCGCCGCCCAGCGUGCAGCACAGCAGCUUCGUGCCUGCAGUGCCGCUCCAGCUCCGGCUCUGGCUCCACGUGGUGAGGCAGAUGGGAAGACUCUCGAGGAGCGAAAGGUUGCAGCGUUGGAGGCUAUUGCUGAGGCUGCUCGGCUCUGGACUCAACUUAACAAGCUAGACGAGGAGAGCGUGGAGGAGGAUGAAGAUGGAGAGGACGAAGGUAACUAA